AUGGCAGCGCUGAGGGCCCGGGCUCCUUCCCCGCCUCAGCCGCCCAAGGCCGCUUCUCCCCCGCCCCUUCUCAAUAAACUCGUUCACUUCCCGCUGUCGUUCCUGGCUUCUUCCGCGAUCGCUGCGGGGGUCGGUACCGGGAUCGGGGCCGGAACGGCGGCGCUCGGCCGCGCUUUCCGGGGGACGGCGGCGCUGCGGCGCUGCCAUGGCCGCGUCCCCUGCCCAGCGGCAGCUCUGGGAACGGCCCGGCUGAAGGCCAGCGUGGUGGAGCAGGACACCGAGCAGUGGCAGAAGGAUCCGCAUUUCUCCGGGCUGCAGAGAGUGGGAGGUGUGGAUUUAUCCUACGUCAAGGGGGACGAGAGCCGUGCCUGCGCCUCCCUGGUCGUGCUCAGCUUCCCGGCUCUCGAGGUGCUGUACCAGGACUGCCGCAUGGUGGCCGUCACUGCCCCGUACGUGGCCGGGUUCCUGGCCUUCCGAGAGGUGCCUGUCCUGCUGCAAGCUGUCCAGAGACUUCAGCAGGAGGAGCCCCAGCUCCAGCCUCAGGUGCUUCUGGUAGAUGGGAAUGGCCUGCUCCAUCCCAGAGGAUUUGGCACAGCCUGUCACCUCGGAGUCCUGACAGACCUGCCGUGCAUUGGCGUGGCCAAGAACCUCCUGCACGUGGAUGGCUUGGUCAGGGAUGAGCUGCACAGGGAGCAGGUUCGCUCCCUGCAGAGGUCAGGAGAGACAUUCCCACUGACUGGCACCUCGGGCAAGGUCCUGGGCAUGGUGCUGAGGAGCUGCAGCAGCAGCUCCAGGCCCCUCUACGUGUCCGUGGGCCACCGGGUGAGUCUGGGCACGGCCGUGCGCCUGGUCAGGGCCUGCUGCCGCUUCCGCAUCCCGGAGCCCAUCCGCCAGGCAGCUCUGCUGCUGUUAAUCCCCAGGAGCUGGGAGUGCGGUUUUCCUGGGCACUUGGAGGCCAGCACAGCCUGCAGUGCUGCUGCUCUGGGCCUUUCCUGCUGCCUCAUGGAGCCAGCAGGUGACAGCACUGCAUCACUGUCACCGAGCUGCAGCUGCCACUGGGGCUCAGCCUUGGCUGAUUUUAAAUCUCAGCAGAACUUGGGGAAAGGCUCUGGAGAAGCUCAAAGCCUCUGGGAUUUUUGGCCUGACAAGUGCUCCCCUUCUCCCUGAGGUCACUCUACUGUUGGUGGCUCCACAGCCCAGAGCCAGGAGUGACCCCAGGGCCUGCCUGGGUGUCCCUGUCCCUGAAAUGCCCUGGGACAGCCUUGGCAUGGCUGCUGUGCCAGGCUGUGCCCACCUGAGCAGCCCCCAGGGCAGUGCUGGGUGACCCCUCUGCAUCCCAGAGCUGCAGUGUUCCUGGAACUGAGACUACUUAUAAACUGCCACAAAAUCUGAACUCCUUGGAGCAGAACAAGCCUUGGGGUGUCCAUAGCAGAGCUGCAGUUCCCAUCUCAGCCCCAGUACCUGCCAGACUGGAGGAGGCUGGUGGAGCUCCUUAUGUAACCUGCUCCAGCCAGGGACAGAUGCCUCUGCAGAGCUCUGAGCCAGCUCUGCAGCUCUGCCUGUUCAAAGGGAAGGGAGAAGCAUUCCCUUUGGAAACAGAAAGGUGUCUUGGAGCUUGUCAUCACCCUCAAUUUGCUUCCAGCCAUCUCCAGGAUUUGCUCAUGUUCAGAGAGUCUUCCAGUUCCCUCUGACCUUUUUCUUAGAGUGAUGGAAUGAAUUAUUAUCACUUUGCUUACAGAGAGAGGAAAAGUCCAACAGGGGAGUGUGUUUACUCCAGAGGGACGGCAGGAGCUGAGGACACUUAAACCUCCCCAUGGGACUUGUCCCUGCUGCAUUUCCUCUGUGUGGUGACUCCACAGCUCUUGGCACAGGCAGAGCUGAAAGCCUCAGCUCUUGAGCACCUGCAGCUGCAUUAGGAAGUGGGAGGCUGUGGGGAGUCCUGCCAUGGGUGGCUGACAUGGCCUUUUUGCCAUGGUAUGUCUCCAGAAGUGCUUACAGAUUUCCCAGUGUCAGGAAAGACCUGUGGAUCAUCAGGUCCUGCUCUGGGAGUUCUGGCAGCCUGGGGCUGAAAUCCCACAGCUCCAGAGGUUUGUGUGAGGCCACACGUGCAGUGCAGCUGCUGUGGGAACUCAGGCCUCUGCUCUAGGGGCAG